CAGCACACGACCCUCUCCACGCCCCCAGACACGCAGCGCGCGUCCCCGUGGCUCUGCCCUCCAUAAAUGCCCCUCAGAGUGGGGAGAUGUAGACUUCUUCCCGGUGACCUCCUGGUUCUGGAGCAGCCAUGCCUCCCCGUAAAAGCCUCUUCCCGUUCAUCCCUGUGGAUCCGGAGGGAGGACUCGGCCCCGCGGCCCCGGCGGCCCUCCACGCCGACAUCCAGGCUCUGCUGCAGCGGAGCCGCGGCUCGGAGCGCACCGGAGAGGCUCCGUGCGCCAUCGUGGAGCUCCGGCUGGGCCCCGCCGGCGGCGCGCUGCACUACCUGCAGCCGGACAAGUGCGCUCUGGAGCGGGCUCAGAGGCGGCGGAGGCUGGCCGCCAACGCCCGGGAGAGGAGGCGGAUGCUGGGGCUGAACGUGGCCUUCGACCGGCUCCGGAGCGUCAUCCCGAACCUGGAGAGCGACAAGAAGCUCUCCAAGUCCGAGACGCUGCAGAUGGCGCAGAUUUACAUCGCGACGCUGAGCGAGCUGCUGCAGGAGAACCGGAGCCAGCGGUCCCCGGAGGCCUCCUCACCCCGUCAGGGAGCCUCCUCACCCCCUCAGGGCCCCGCAGACUCCGGGAGGAGCGGCGGAGGUCCGGGUCUGUCUGCGGAGCGUCGCUGUGAGGAGGAGAUGUGGGAGAGACCGAGCGGAACCAAGUGACACCCAGAGACUUAAAAUCAGACUUUUUCUGCUUUAACACUAUUUGUAAUUAUCGUUUCCCCUGUAAAAUACAUUUCCUGUUUGUGAUGCACAUUUUAUAAUUUCAUAAAAAACACUGAGAUGA